AGCUCUGUGUAGGUCGUCACUUGACUGGAGAAAAAUCUCCCUUCGUCUUCCAAAAGAAUCGUUGCCGGAUAGUCACCCCUAUAAUUCGCGAUUAUAAACUUAGUGACAAUGGCGAGGUGAAGCAAGUCGACAGAUCGCAACCAUCGAAAUCCCCGAGCAUGCCAACGUCGCCAGACUUCCCGAAAGGCGAUGCUUGAAACCGGAAGGAGGUCUGCCAUAAGCACUUCUGAGCUGGGACUCUAUUCUGAUCGCGGUGAUCGAUACAGCAGAAGUCGUUACGGUCUGAUCGCGAGGAAGCUUGCGAUCGGAGUCAUGGUGGUGGUGACGGUGAUACUGGUGGCGAUAUUUAUGUACGACUUUACGUCCGCCACGUCGGGGAACAGUAAAAUCAAUCAGGAAACAAAGCAUAUAUACAUACUGCAGAAUGCGCUUAAGAAGUCACCCAAUCUCGCGAGAAAAUCCGCAAACUCCACGAUAUGGCCCGAGGCCAUGGUCAAUCGAACGGACGACUUCCCCAUGGAAGACCGUUCGGACGAUGAGAAUUACGAGAAUCUCAAUGCAACCCCUAUGCAGAGAAACGUAACGGAAGAUAUGAUGCUGGCCGAGAGUCGCAUCGUGAGACCGAGCGGGCCCGAGAUGAGAGCGCAGAAUCUGCAGAAUUUUAAACAGCGGAAGAGAAUGCUGAAAGCCAUAGAAGACAUCAAGGAAGAGGAGGAAUCGGAGGCCAAGCAAUUCGACAAUCACGCGGUCGUUUAUCGAAUGAGACAGAGAUUCAAACAUCCAGAUUCGGACGAGGACACGAGCGUGGAGAAGACUCGACCGACACCGUUCUACCAGGGGUACAACACGCCGCAUCCGGAGUCGUUCAAACGACCGAGGUAUCCGCAACUGUCGCAGUACCGGUAUCCACACUCGUCCAGGAACAUACAGGACAUCAUCAAAUACUUGGCGAACAACGUUGAUAUGCCGCAUCGCGGCAUCAAGUUCACCGGCGUUUACGUGAGUCCGAAGAAGUACGACAUGAUGCCAGACAUAGACGAGAUGAUGUCGAGUAGCGAGAAAUCCGAGGAAAACGAGACGCCUUCUUCUUAUUCGAUCAAUUCGCAUGACAACGAUCCAUUCUACCAGUACAAACCGAAGCACCCGGCGGACGUGAAUCUCUUAGCUACGUCUAACGUGAGAUUCUCUCCAAUUGGAAUUCACCGUUACAAUCCUCACUACAAUUCCUUAUACUCUCGACCCUUGUUAAAUUACAACAAGCCAGUCAUGACGGACUACGACACUGUUGGCUCUUAUUCGACAAACACUUUGGGGAAAAACCGAAAACCGAAACCGUUCAGUGUGAUGCUCGACAUUUAUCCCAUCACCGAUAUUACAGAGCAGAACAAGAAAACGUCCUGGCCGAGACCACAAGGAUCCGUAGAUGAUUAUGACUCCAGAAGGCCGCAAUUUAAUCGCCCACCACCUACAUUUUACCCACCCCCGCCAUCCCCGCAAUCGAUUCCUCUCGUGGCUUUACCCAGCCCUACAACUCUACCGGAGGAAGAGGAAAGGCAACAAAUGAUCUUUCAUCUGAAUCUAUAUCCUCGGAAGAAGAAUAAGCUUAGUAGACACGAUAUCAUCCAUAGAUCGGAAUCAAUGGGGCCUGACGAGCGGCAGCAAUUCGCGAAGAAGAUAAUGUCGCCGUUGGAAUCGAUAGCCAAACACUUGACUGUUCAUUCCGCGCUCGAGGAAUCAAAGUUCGAAGAAAGAAAUUCAGAAGAGAUCAAUUUGCCGUUGGCGCGGUAUCAGGAGAUCAACCUGGACAAUAAGAACGAGAAUAGCAGAAGUCUCGUAUUGGACGACGAUUCGGAAGUCUAUCCAGAUUCGAAUAACGAGGACAGUGUUGAAAGGGAGACUAUCGUGCCUUCGAAUCACAAAUUGAGCAUCGACGAGGACUACGCCAGCACGGAGAAGUACGAAAUUGACGCGCAAAAAAUCAUAGUGACUACGGAGAAGGAUUGUGCGAAUUGCGACAGCACGAAGGCGAUCGACAACUCGAAGGCCAGCGUGAACGGCAGCAUCGAUCUUUCGAAGGAUAUCGAAGGGUUUCAACGCUUCAGCCACGGUCUUCUGCGCUCAGAUUGAAAUUACAGCUUAGAUUUGAAAGUGCAGCUACGCUGGAGAACGCCAAACUAUUCUGACGAGAGACUGUCGAAUAUCGAUGAUUCGUUACUCGAUCUUCUAUAGUAUCAUAUAGAAAGACUUACUAUUGUGUUGUUUCUUUAGAAUCACAAAAACUAUUUAAAUAACGCAAUCAUUAUUGUAUCUGGUUUGACGAAAUAGAGUUUUUAAUUUUCUUCUA